CUGCAUCAGGACGUCGGUUCGACGGUGCCGAGACCUCGAGGCUGUUCAGUCAAGGCACACCGCUCGACUUUGUUGUGUCGCUCUUAUACCCGCGUCCCCGACUUCGUGCACGUAAUAUAAUUAUAGUUGUGCAGGUUUUGUCGCGGGCUGAUCGCCGCGCGUGUCCGUUGAUGCGAAAAAAUCCGUAACAGCAGCAGCAGCAGCAACGUUGGUGUUAAAAAGAUUGACGUAAUGUCUCAAAACUUUGUUACGGUCUGCGUCGUCUGCGUUUUGUGCGCCGCGCACGCUCCGUGUUCCGCCCACACCGAUGGCCACAUUUCACGCCUCUCUUCGCUGCCAGGACCACUGGAUAUCAUGGAUUCACCCAACGAUGAUCGUUUGCAGCCGUUGAAACAUCAAAUCGGUUCAAGAGAAAUAGGUAGAAUUAAAAAUAUGAAGGAUGCGUUUGACCCGCUUAAAUCGGAACCCGGCGGUCAUGAAGUUAGGCUCAGGAAACGGAGACACACAGAUGAUGAUGAUGACGAGUCUUAUUUCACAAAGAGAAUUUUCAGGGAUUAUGGAAAUGGAAAUAGCAUGACAAUUGAAGGGUUUGAAAGGCUACUAAAAAAACUCGGACUUCAGGAAGUGAUAACGAAGCUGGAUGAACAUGACAAUCAGAUAUCGGAACAAAGCGAUAAACUUAGUCCAAAAGAUGAUGUUCACGUCCCGAACAACGCUUCUAAACCUAACAAUGGACUUGAUGGAAGAGCCAAAAACCAAAGGUGCCUCAAAAGCAGAGGAUUGCUGGAUAAAUUUUCUGGCAACAAUUCCUACUCCUCGGAAAGUGACAACAGCACGACAUUGCCUGACUGGCUUUUGGCAAGGAUUUGCCCUGCCCUUGUUUAUCAAUUAGCGAGCUCCGGUCCGAGCGCGUGUAUCCAAUUCCCUGAGAGUUUGUCUACCGCAGCAAGCAUGACCGUAGGAAACGGAUCUGAGGCGGAUAAAAUGUCUCACCACGUGUGGCAAGUUUGGAUUUGGUCUUCACUCAGUAUUCUAGUUAUAAGCCUAUGCGGCUUGCUAGGAGUAGUCGUUAUUCCGGUAAUGAAUAAAACUUACUACCACCAGCUUAUACAGUUCCUGGUCGCGCUCGCUGUCGGAACACUGUGCGGCGAUGCUUUGAUACAUCUUCUGCCGCACGCUAUGAUGUCCGCGUCGCACGAGCAUGACCACCAUAGUGGUUCCGAACACGGAGAGUCGUUGUCGAAUACAAAGCAUGACCACGAUACCAAUAUGUGGAAAGGUUUUGUGGCAAUGAUGGGAUUAGUGCUUUUCUUCUUUACUGAAAAAGCUCUAACUAUGAUUGCCGAAUGGAGGAAAUCUCGCCAGCGUCGUACCAAGUUACCCGCACGUGUUAAAGUGAUGCGCGAACCUGCCGACACAACUGGCAAUAGUUCGAGCAGCGACAAACAUUGUAAACACAAAUAUUCAUCUUACCCAUACUGCUAUGGCGAAAUCACGACAGAAACACAAGACAAUCAUCAUAAUCGUCAACACAACAAUCACCAAAUAACGGCAGCAGUUAUAGAGGAAGAAAAACCUUUGACGUCCAAUACCAACGCUAUUUUAAAAUCAACGGAUGAUGAGGUUGAAAAAAGGCAGGACGAAGAUUGGAAGUUGGACGAGGCUAUAAUCAAUCACGCAAAUAAGAACAGUGAAAACAACGAUCCGUGUGCGAACGAGGCUGAGAGCUACACAGUCAUUAUUCGUGAACAUGAAACGAAACAUCACGGUCACACGCACUCGCACGGUCACGUACACUCAGCGCCUGAAUCGAUGUCCAGCGUUGCAUGGAUGGUCAUCAUGGGUGAUGGCCUUCACAAUUUUACCGAUGGUAUGGCCAUCGGUGCAGCAUUUGCAGCUAACAUUCCCGGCGGAUUUUCAACGGCUAUUGCAGUAUUGUGUCACGAAUUGCCUCAUGAAUUGGGCGAUUUUGCUGUUCUACUGAAGGCUGGGAUGAGCGCUAAGCAGGCGGUCUUCUAUAAUCUAUUAUCAUCCGUGCUGUGUCUGUUUGGAAUGGUGUUGGGAAUCCUUUUAGGUGCGGAUCCAUCGGCGACAAGCUGGAUCUUUGCGGCAGCUGCUGGAAUGUUUAUCUAUAUCGCUCUGGUGGAUAUGAUACCGGAAUUGACAUCGAGUCACUCGGCGGAAGGAGGCUCGCAGUGGCAAUGCGUUCUACAAGCGAUGGGACUGGCAUCGGGACUUGGCAUAAUGUUGAUCAUUGCUUUAUACGAGCAUGAUUUGAAGCAGAUAUUUCACGAUUAGUGUAAAUAAUGGAAAAUCAUUUAUUUACACAAGAUGAAAAAGAGUAAUCUGCGUCUGUUACUUCACGGUAUAUCAGAAUAUGCAACAAUGGCGUAAGAAGCAAGGAUAAAAGGAGGCUAAGGUCGAGAGUAAAGUGGAACAACAAUAAAAACUACUCAGUACAAUUAUCAUUAAUGCGACGCAAUGUGCUUGUAUAAAUAAAUUUUUCCUUUUAAAUAACGCGGUGAAGAUAAACAAAAGGUCAGACACAGAGGCAGUAUUGAAACUGAUAGAAAAUUCCACUCUCAUACUUAUCACUUAUUCUUGGUGCUACUUAUUUACAAAAGCUGAGACAAACGAUGAGGAAGAAUAAGACGUGAAAGACAAGCUAAAAAUUAAAGAGACUAAGAAAUAUAUUUCCAAAUCGAUCACGCAGUUACUCCGAUUUCCUUACGCUAAUGAAUUUCUACUCUUUCACGAUGUUGUUCCCAGUGAUGAAUUUAUGCACAUACAUAUUACAUACAUUAGUUUACAGGACGUUCAUUGAACAAUAGGAUAAUUGAUGGCGAGCUACUUUUAUAUCGAUAUUUGUUAAAUUUUGAAGCUGAGUUAUCAUUUAGUCAUUGUUUUUUUUUUUCUUUUUCUCUCCCUACUUCACUUGGUGAGUUGAAAAGGUUUUUUCCUUUCUGCUGUAAUCUAACAGGGUUCUUUAAACCUCUACAUGAACUUUUGAUUCAUUGAGGAAUUGACUAAGACAUAUACAAAGAAACUUCAGCUCGAACAUCUUUCUAACAAAUAUACAAUGAAAAAAAAUCAACCGCAUCAGGUACGUUAAUUAUAUUUUAGGGCAAGUUGUAUUAAACAGUGAAAUGCGUUUAGAUUUCAUAAAUAAUUAGUCGAAUGA